CAUUUGGCUUGUAUGCUCACUUUCCCAUUCUUUAGAGGGCUACAUAAGAGGUAGAUAAAAACCUGACUUGUGGUUGCCUGGCAACCAGACUGUUCCUUUUCCCCGACUGACCUGAGUGGCUGAGCAGCAACACUGAGAGGCCCUUCCGUCAGACCACAUGCCUGGAAGGACCAUUCAGGUCUGCUUGUCAGCAGUGUAGCGUAACAAAGCAGACAGGGCUUGACUCUUACUCAGUGGUAGCACAACCUACCUGUUGCUGCUGCUCACAAACUUGGCUUCUGUCCACAGCAAAGUGCAACGUCAGAGUGGAAUCUUGCCUUCCUGUUCCUUCCUAGGCUUCCACAAGCCAUCCAGCAUCCCACCCUUUGUCCCAGCAACACUCUCCGUCUACCAGCCUUAAAGGACAGAAGGUGGCUUUGGAACCUGAAAGUGGCUGUGUGGUUAGAUACCAGCUAGUGAUGCCAAUCCUGGCCUUUGCUUUCAUCAGGGCACAGCAAAACAAAGCCUGUCUGUGCCUAGCUAUGCUGGGCUAACAUUCUGCUGCUCUCCCUCUCUUGCCAGGGACACUCUGUCAUCCCAAAAAUUUGUACUGAUCCCUUCCACUAAUGUACAGUAAAGCAGACAAUGCUUGCUUGUGCCAAGUUAACAGCAUCUCUGCCCACCCCCCUUCAUGGCCCAACCGAGCAGGCCGAGACAGGCUGAUCCUGCCUCUCAAAUCCUCUGCUCUGUAAUCUUCAAUUGCACUACUGUUUGCUUGGCUCUAGCAGCAGCAGGGAGUUCUUGGCUUAUGAUGGUGCUACUUUUUCUCCUUCUGUAUCAAAUACCACAACCAGAACAGGCUGUGUCCCUCCGCGGGCCCCCAUUAAAGUGCAGACAAUAACUUGUGUCAGAGUAGUGCCACCCAUCUUCCUGCCAUUUUCUCUCCAGGGGGCAAACGGAGUAAAUGGCAACCUACUAUUCUCGGGCAUUGUCUUUCCGAUCACCUUCUCCGGCCACCCUGGCAAAACUGUCCAGAGGAGCCUUGGACGCGUCGGAGUGGGGUGCCCACCUCCAUGGCAUGAAUGUUUCUUGCUUUAUCAUCCGUGCCCGAGCAGAGCAGGCGGUGGCCGACUUCGGGUGUCCCUUUCCUUCUUUCCCCCUCCCCUCCAACCCGGGCUGCCCCCUCCCUCGAGGCAGGGCUGUCCCGGCCGAGCCGGAGCGCACAAUGGAGCCCGGUGAUCCCUCGCCGCGCAAGGCUCAGAAAUGCAAAUCGCCGCCGCUGCCUGCGGCUCCGUACAAUGGAAGGGAGGGAGGAAGGGAGCGAGAGAGAGGGAGAGGGAGGGAGGAAGGAAGGGAGAGAGAGCGAGCGAGCGAGCGAGCGAGAGACGGCGAGGAGGAGAGGAGAGGGGGGAGCCCCAUUGGCGGGGAGGCUGCUCGCCCCGGCCCAGCCCCGACGACGCGGCGGGUCCCCGGAGCGCCCCCUCCUCCGCGCCGCCUCGCCGUGCGCCUUGCUGAUGCGUCUACCUAUCAAGGGUGACAUGUCAACUUGGCUCUCACUGGCUGUUCCAUCACCAGUCAAGGACUAAAGCAUGUGAUCAGGAGCACCAUGGAGGGUGCAGACUACCAAUUGCCUUCUGCCAACCCAGCCAGUGUUGCCCUCCCUUCCCCUUCCUCCUCUUCCUCCUCUUCCAGUGAUGAAGCUGACAUUAUGGCUUUCAAUGGGGAGCUGGACUUGCAACGUUACUCUAAUGGGCCAGGGGGGCCAGGGGGGGAGGCUCGUCCUUACCCCUGUCCCAUCUGUGGCAAGCGUUUCCGCUUCAACAGCAUCCUGGCACUGCACACCCGCAUCCACACCAGCUCCUACCCACUCACUUGUCCCUACUGCGGCCACCGGGCAGGGCAGCGCGCCAGCCUACGUCUCCACCUGCGCUCCCAUUGCCCCGAGGCCCAUGCCCGGCUUAGUCACCAGAGCCGCCUACUGCUUGAAUUGGAAGAGCGGGCACUUCUGCGGGGUCAGGAAGAGGAAAAGGAGGAGGAGGAAGAAGAGCUGGCUACUCCCAUUCCGCCCCGACCCCUACCUACCUUCCGCUGCUCUUUCUGCAAGGGCAAGUUCCGCACUGCAGGGGAGCGCGAGCGCCACCUUCGCAUCCUCCACCAGCCGUACAAGUGUGGGCAAUGUUCCUUCGCUGCCACACAAGAGUCAGAACUGCAGUGGCACAACCAGCAGGCUCAUAACUCCCCAGCGGCUUGGACACCCACCCCUCCUGCCCCUGUGCCCACCACUACAGCCCCACCCACCCCUCCUGCCUCCACACCUACCCCUUCCUCCUCUGCCUCCACCCCUACGGAGUUCCGCUGCCAGGUCUGUGGUCAAGCCUUCACCCAGUCCUGGUUCCUCAAGGGUCACAUGCGGAAGCACAAAGACUCCUUUGACCACAAGUGCCAGGUGUGCGGGCGCGGCUUCAAGGAACCGUGGUUCCUGAAAAAUCACAUGAAGGUUCAUCUCAGCAAGCUGGGCCUCCAGAGUGAGCAAAGAGGGUCAGGGCCAGGACGGUCAGCACAGAGCUUACUCGUGGGUUGUGAGGCCCUGUAUCCAUCCCUUCUCUCUCCUCGGCCAACAGACAAAGCCAGUACAGGCAGUUUCCUGGGUUACAGCGACGCGAGCUGCGCUGAACGUCUGCAGGCCACGGCUCGAGCAGUGGAGAGUAGUCAGCAGUGGAGGGAACGUUCUUAUGGAGUAGGGUCCAAGCUUGUGCGAGAGGACUCGGGAGGGAACCAUCGCUGCCCGGACUGCAACCGGACCUUCGGUACAUUCCAGCAGAUGGCCUUGCACCGGCAAAGCCACCUGUCCCGAGAGAGAGAAUGGAACAAGGGGCAGUCACUGAGUUCUCACCUUAUCACUGGACACUGGCUUCCAACAAAUGUGAGAGCUGCUACUGCAGCCAACACCAGCCCAGCUCUGCUGGCCCAGAAGGAAAAAGAUAUGCAGGGUCAGUCACACUUGGAUGGAUCCCGACGAGGCACUGGGAAAGACUGUCCAUUCUGUGGAAAGUCCUUCAGAUCUUCCCACCAUCUCAAAGUUCACCUCCGUGUCCACACAGGUGAGCGCCCAUACAAGUGCCCUCACUGUGACUAUGCUGGCACUCAGUCUGGCUCGCUCAAAUACCACCUGCAGCGCCACCAUCGGGAGCAAAAGAGCGCUGCCGCAGCUGCUGCAGCUGCAGCAACAAUGGAACAGUGCCACCUGCCCCUCGCCCCUACUGCCGUCCCUGCCUUUCCCCCUACACAGCUCACCAAGAGCCAUGGGCCUUUCUUUCCUCUAGGUGGCUUGGGGGCAGCUCGGUCCCGCCCUUCCCGCCGCAAGCCACUGCUGAACGGGAAGGCUGAUUUCCAGCCAUUGGAUCUUUCCUUGCGCCCAGCCCUGGCAGGAGGAGCCCUCCACCGCUGCCAGUUUUGCCCCUUUGCCACCUCAGCUCCUGAGCUUAUGGAAUUACACCUUCAAGUUCACCACAGCAGGAAAACUCGUACCCGUCGCUGCUCUCACGCAGCUCCUAAAUCCCGGGUGAAGUCGGAGGAGGAAAUAGUUGAGCCCCAGGGAUCCCUGCUGAAAGGACUGGAAUCCCCAAGACCAAAGGGGGAGAUCUCCAAGCCACACAAUUUCUGGUCCUCAGAAGACCAGGAAGACUCUCUCCGUCUCAAGUUGCCUCAAGGGAAACCGAGUUCCGAGGGAGCAAUAAUUGCCAGUCUUUCUUCUGAAGCUGCACUGAAUCAGCAAGGGUGGGAGAACCUGUCACAAGACUCUGAGGAGCCAGAGCCUGAGAAGGAAUUGUCUGGCCCAGGGGUCCAAAAAGGGCCACAUCAGGAGGCCUCAAAGACAGGCCAAGGCCUCAUGGAAUUGCAGCUGGAGCCGGUACAGGCCUGAGUCUGCUCUGCAUAUAUAAACCAGUUCCGAAUCUGUUUAGCUGUCAUGAUGACUCUCAACCAAGGGACCUGGGAAUUGUAGCUUUGUUCUACCUAUUGGCAAAUAAUAAUAAUAAUAAUAAUAAUAAUAAUAAUAAUAAUAAUAAUAAUAAUAAUAAUGCAUUGCUACAAAACUACAUUUCCCAGAGUUCAUAGGCAGGGGCUUUGCAGAGCCCAUAGCAUAGUGAUAGAACACAUGCUUUGCAUGCAUUAAGUUCCCAGGUUCAAUUUUUCCUCUCUAUCUUUAAAACAAAAAAGUAUCAGGGCUGGGAAAAGUCCCUGCCUGUGGUCCUGGCUGGAUGCUGCCACUCUGAGCAGAUAGUAGGGCUAGAUGGACCAAUGGUCUGCCUCAAGAAAAAGCAGCUCCAUAGGACAGUGAAAGCAGUUUCAGACCUGUUUACAUGUGUAGCGUAGACUUGUAGAGACCAGGGAAGGCAGCUUGUGAGAGGUCACCUCACAUAUGACAGGGUCAUGCAGCCGUCUGCAAGAGGUUUUGGAGUAAGAAGUAGUAGAGUUAUUGACUGUUUUGAAAUAGUUCUCUCUAUUUUUAACAGCAGCAAGACAGACAUUAGCAAGAUACAGGUAUUACCUGCCAAGCUAAUAACAGCACAAGAGCCCCAGGAGUUAAAAAGACAAAACUACAAUACAACUAAGUACGGCCCCUGGGAGGUAAAAGCUGUAGCUGCGCUGGAGGACUGGUUGAGGGCCAGGGAAAGCAUGGCGAGGAGAUUCAAUUCAUGCCCUGGGUUGAUGGGGGACGUUGCAGUUCAGCUGAAUGGGAUUACAGUCCUCUGCAUGAUCAAGAAAGCUGCUUGCUGGGGGUUCCCAGUUGCAAAAACGAAACACCCUGAUGCACCCCCUGCAGAAACUCCCCAUCAACAUGAAGAGGACAGGUUUAAAGAAUGUGCUGCUGGUACCGCUAUCCCUGUCUCCUCUCCAUGCACUGGAUAUUUGAAAGGGCUGCUGUAGCAGUUCUAUUUAGUCAAACAGGGUUUGGGGAUGAUAUCAGUGGGGUGUAUUAAGAAUUCAACCCCUUGUUUUCUCCUCAGUUCUGAGCUUGAUGAUGCUGCUUUUAGGUGCCAUGGUCUGAGGACCUGGCCCCUUGGGGAUCCCACUGUUGGCACAUGAAGGGUUGCUGGGCUUCAUGGGGACAAGACGCUUGUAGUAGUUCUUGGAAGUUUUCUUUUCUUUUUUUAAGGGGAGCAUUUCUGCAGUUGUAGCUUUUCCCACCAUAGUGUUUCUGUGGUGGGAGGAGCUCAGCUUGUUAAAAUUCUCUCUUCUCCAUUUGUUAAUGACCCAGGAGCCCUGUCCACAUUACCCUGCCAUGUGUCCUAGAGGCAGGGCAGGCUUCACCAACCAUUCUUGGCCCAAGGGGAUUUCAAGCACCAGGGAUGCAGCUUUGUCUCCAUCGCAUCCAGGUGCUUCAGCCUCUCAUGUUCCUGUAGCAAGCUACCUGAUGCCAGUAUCUUAUCUCCGUAGCGACCCAGCAACAGAGCUGUGUUUCUGUAGUGACCUGGCACAUCAGGGUGCUUGACAACUUCUAGAGUUUUCUAUUUUUUUAUUGUUUUCUUGUAGAAAAUUUGAAACUGGAAAUAAAAGUUACAUUGAAAAAUGAA